AAGAAAUGUCAAAAGUUUAUUAAUGACCAGACAAUCAUUCAAGACAUUCAAAAGUUAAUAGUAAACGUAUCCUUUUACAAUUUUGCCAUCUCUCCUUUAUAUUCCCUCUCUUUUAAAAUCUCAUUCGAUUCACCAACUCUUUAAUUGUCUUUUAGAUUAGCAAAUUGGACUCUAAAUAUAGUCCUUAAAAAAAAGCUUACUAUGUCUAAAGACAACAUCCCCAACAAAUUUGAAGACCAGAAAAUUCCCCUUUUAAAAAACCACCAUAAUAAUCAUUUUUAUAAUGAUGAUGAUGAUGAUGAAGAACACAACAAUAAUAGUAGUCUUGUAAAACGGGUUCGGGUCGAAUCCAAGAAGUUAUGGAACAUCGUCGGCCCGUCGAUUGUGGCCCGUAUUGCUUCUUACACUAUGUUUGUUGUGACUCAAUCCUUUGCCGGCCACCUUGGUGACCUUGAGCUUGCUGCUAUUUCUAUCGGUAACAAUGUCAUCGUUGCCUUCGACUACGGUCUCAUGUUGGGAAUGGCAAGUGCUUUGGAGACACUAUGUGGGCAAGCAUAUGGGGCAAAGAAGUACCACAUGUUGGGCGUAUACAUGCAAAGGUCAUGGAUUGUGUUAUUUGUAUGUUGCAUCCUUUUGUUACCCUUGUACAUAUUUGCAACACCUUUGUUAAAGCUAUUAGGCCAACCGGACGACGUGUCCGAGAUGGCGGGAAUGGUUGCGUUGUGGAUGUUACCAAUUCAUUUUAGCUUUGCCUUUCAAUUUCCGCUACAAAGGUUUCUGCAAUGCCAACUUAAGGCCAAUGUCGUGGCGUGGGUCUCAGUGGUCGCACUGGCGGUACAUUUAUUCGUGUCCUGGUUGUUUGUGUCCGUGUUCAAGUGUGGCAUUAUUGGUAUCGCCGCCACCCAGAACUUUGGGUGGUGGGUGGUGGUGUUUGGGCUGUAUGGUUACACUGCUUUUGGUGGGUGCCCCAUCACUUGGACUGGUUUCUCUAUGGAGGCCUUUUCUGGCCUUUGGGAGUUCGUCAAGCUAUCAACCGCUUCCGGCGUCAUGCUAUGUUUGGAAAAUUGGUACUACAGAGUAUUGGUACUGAUGACUGGAAAUCUGGAGAAUGCUGAGAUAGCCCUUGAUGCGUUAUCCAUAUGUACGAGCAUCAACGGAUGGGAGUUGAUGAUUCCUAUGGCAUUCUUUGCUGGUGUCGGAGUAAGGGUAUCAAAUGAGCUAGGAGCAGGGAAUGGAAAAGGAGCUAAAUUUGCAACGAGGGUAGCAGUUUUGACGUCUGUUGCAAUUGGGAUUUUCUUUUGGUUGCUAGUUUUGAUUUUUCACGAAAAGAUUGCUUUUAUUUUCUCAACCAGUCCACCCGUCAUCGAAGCGGUUAAGAAGCUUUCCGUCUUCUUGGCGUUCUCCAUCCUACUCAACAGUGUCCAACCCGUCCUCUCCGGUGUCGCGGUAGGAUCAGGGUGGCAAAGCACGGUGGCUUACAUUAACAUCGGAUGUUACUAUUUGCUCGGGGCACCACUUGGGUAUUUGAUGGGCUGGACAUUUGACCAAGGAGUUAUGGGUGUUUGGGCUGGAAUGAUUUGUGGGGGGACUGCAGUUCAAACGCUGAUAUUAGUUAUCAUCAUAAUUCGAUGUGACUGGGAUAAAGAGGCCAACAAAGCAACCAUCCAUGUAGAGAAGUGGGCAGAAGGCAUCUAACUUCAAUAUGAGAAACCAUUAUUUAGGUAUAAACUAGUGUGUGGCCCGGGCGAUGCCACGGAUGCUACAUUGAAUAACUAAAGUUUUAGAUUUUUCUUGAGCUCAAUAUUUGACCAAAAUACUUGUCUUCUAUAGAAUGAAAAAUAUCUGUUAAGUUCAUCAACUACACAGACACGCUAAGUCAUUUAUCAUGGCAAGUAAGUUUUCAAUCAUAUCAUCUUACAAUGUGUAUAAUUUAUUUUCUCGUGGAACUAAGUGCGUCAAAUUUAUAAACACCAAAUUAGAUAUAUAUACAGCUAUGUAAGGCAAUCCUAUAGUUGAUUCUUAUGAGACUUAUGACAUCAUGUUUCUUCAUGGUUGUCAUAAUGCUUUAAUUUUUCUUCUUUUCAAAAUAGUCCAUAGAAAUUAAAAAGUCAUUUAAAAAUUUAUUUGUUUUAGAUUUCAUGUGAACAUUUAUUUAUAAAUUAAUGUGAAGAUAUGAACCACAAUUGGUAGUUGGUUAAGAUGGUAAUGAGAAUUAUCAUCCACACUUGAGGUCUGGUGUUCGAACCUCAUUGUAUUGAUUUUUGGUUGUCCAUUACAUAAUACUUGGUGAGUGGAUGAUGUGGCGUGAGGAGAGUACUACGUGACACAUAUACAUUUUCCACAACGCCUUUUAAUAUAUUAGUAUAGAUAUAAAGGAGAAAAUGUUCCUUAUUAAGAAUAUACAGUACGGAAUACAUGUCUCGAAUAUGAGCCAAAGGCAACUCAAGUCACCGGAAAUGUAAUCAAUCCCAUCUUCAAUGGAAUGAACAUUAUUGCAGUUUGAGUAAUGCCAACUUUAUAUGUACACCCGUUUUAUUAGGUAUUUUGUUUGGAAAUUAUACUAAUCCGUUUCAAAAUGAUAUUUACACUUUCUAUUUUGAUUUA